AAUACUGUUUCCUAUUUCCCACGCUGUUAUGGCGGACGACAGCUCCCCCAUGCGCUACUCGUGCUCAUAAUUGGAGGUCAUACACAGCUGUGUGAGAAGCACCAAAAUAUGGCGCUAUCAUAUUCAGCCAAUGAGGUGGCAACGUGUAACAGGUUGCAUCUGACGUCACUGACGCGGCGAGAGCGCGCAUUCAAUAGGGGCACGAGAAAAGAUAGAGCGGGCGGCGAGGUCUUUUCGCAAUGUCUCCAGUGUAACCGGCUAACAGUAAAAUGGGGGAACCGGAGUCCAGUGACGGGAUGGGCGCACAGCGACAGACUGCAGUGAAGAACUCAUCGAUGUGGAUUAACGCUAUGAUAAAACAUUUCUUCUUCCGCACGUUUGAGACCAGCCAGUGAGUGAGCAGUCCAGGAAGGAGCCGUUGUUCGCUGUGAUUCAGACUCAAGCAGAGCUGGCUCCAACUUAACGACGAGGAACGGGCUUCAACAAGGAUGGAUGAAUUUUCGAUUACAGGCCACUACGGUCAGCCCAACCCGGUCCGAGUAGGGUGAGUUCGUUCGGCUUGAAACAAAUAACGAAAAAAUAAAAAAUAAAUUAAAAGCAGUCGGUUCCUAUCUGGCGGCUCGUCCUUCGUCCCGCCGGCCGUGGAGUUGAGCCAUGUCUGCGUUCUGCCUCGACCUGAGCACGUCUGGUGUGGCUUCAGCACCGUUGGAGCUGGACAGCGACUACAUGGAGCCGUGCCGCAAGCCCGCAGCUCACGAUCCCGGAGGCUGCCCGGCUAACCCGCUGCGCCAUGCCGGCUCCGGCUCCGGAGGCCUCGGCGUGGCGUUGGAGGAGGAAUUGGCCAUGCUCAGCGACGAGCAGGAUAAAGCGGAAGAGCUGUCGGUGGACCGUAAUGCCGACUUGCUGUCUCUCAUCCGUCAGAAGGAAAAGGAUUUGGUGUUAGCUGCCAAACUGGGCAAAGCUUUACUCGAACGAAACCAAGAUUUGACGAAGCAAUAUGAGAAAAUGCACAAAGACCUCAACGAGAAAUUAGAGCACUUGGAGCAGGAGAAGCAUGACUUGCGUUGGCGUCUGGAAAAUCGAGAGGGGGAGUGGGAGGGCCGCGUAGCCGAACUGGAGACUGACAUCCAGCAGCUACAGGGAGAACUGGAGCAACACCAGGUCCAGCUGAGAGAGGCUGACAGGGACAAAACUAAGGCCAUCAGUGAGCUAUCUGAACAAAACCACCGACUUCUCGAACAGCUUCGAAGGGCUGCAGAGGUGGAGAGGCAGCUAUCCACUCAGGUCCAUUCAUUACGGGACGACUUCAGGGAGAAGAGUACAUCUACGAGCCAGCACAUGACACGACUAGAAACGCUACAAGCUGAAAUUAAGAUGCUGUCGGAGAGGAAGAUGGAGCUGGAGCGGCGGGUGCAUGCCAUGCUGGAGGAGAACGAAGUGCUCAAGAAUACUGUGGAAGACCUCAGAGACAGGACGCUGGUGCUGGAGACGCAGUGCCACGAGAAGGACCUGCAGUUGCGGCAGAAUCAGGUGGAGCUUCAGGAAGUUCAGAUGUCCUACAGGCACCUAACAGCUCGACUUGAGGAGCUAACGGAGGAGACCAGCCUGCAUAACCUCACCCCCCACCAGUCCAGCCUGAUGUGUGAGAUCGAGCAAAGCAUGGAGCAAGAGGAGCAGGAGCAGGAGAGAGAGCAGCUGCGUCUUCAGCUGUGGGAAGCCUAUUGUGACGUGCGCUCGCUGUGCUCCCAUCUCCGAGGGAAUGACGUCACAGACUCUGCGCUGUCCACGGACUCUUCCAUGGACGAAUCCUCUGAGACGUCGUCCGCCAAGGAUGUGCCCACUGGGAGCCUUCAUGCUAGCCUGCUAGAACUCCGCAGGCUAACACAGAACCUGCUUGAUGGCAACGAGUCAACGGGUUCUCGGCGCAGUGAUGAGGAAGCUCUGGAGGAACAAGUAAAGAAGAUGGGUGAAGAGCUGAGAGAAGUCAAAGAGCUGUACGCAGCUGAGCGGGACAAGACGCACAACAGUAAAGAGGAAUUGCUACGGAUGCACAAUCAGAUGGCGCUGCUCUCAGUAGAAAUGUGUUCCCUCCAAGAGGAGUCUGAACGGAUGAGGACCAUGGCAGAGGCCCGAGAACCCAGCGAGCAGCUUCAGAGUGCCAUUAAAGACAGAGAUGAUGCCAUAGCCAAGAAGAAGGCAGUGGAGAUGGAGCUGGCCAAGUGUAAAAUAGACAUCAUGUCUCUAAACAGUCAGCUUCUGGAUGCCAUCCAGCAGAAGCUCAAUCUGUCACAGCAGCUGGAGGCUUGGCAGGACGACAUGCACAGAGUGAUUGACCAGCAGUUAAUGGACAAGCACCAGGACGAGUGGCGCUCCGCCCCAUCCUGCGCAUCUAGGUCGUCCAGAGCUCUCGGCGCUCAGUCCUCCAGACGAGCGCUAUGCCUGUCCGACCGGGACCGAAAACUUUUCUCUUUUUUCAAAAAGAACUGAGCACAGGAGACGGACGUGAUGCCGGGAAGUGUGGAGAAGAAGGGCGACAGCACAGCACAGGUGGACACGAUGUAGCCAAAGACGGGCAACGAAACACACACACACACAAAUCGAAAGAUGUUUGAGCAUUUAUUCCAUGUCUUUGAUGUCCAUGUACUGUGGCGUACGAGAAGCGUUUUGUUUAUAUUUUUCUCCCCGCUGCUGCCUUCCGCAACCGUAUACUGCAUAUCACAAGUGAGGCAAAAAUGUGCACUUGUUGUAGAUGCGUACCACGAUUGCUAUUCGUGACACGCUAGGUGGUUCCGAGUCAAAUGUGAUAAUGUCACAAUUUAGUAGUGACAUGCGGCACGCCGUUGUUAAGCAGUGUGGAGUUUUGUCAUACCACAAGCAUUUGUUGACCGACUAGUAUGCCAAAGUUGUUCCACUAGUGAAGACAAAGACCAUAUAAGUACAUGGCCCUCAAGAGGAUAUGGACUAAAUGUUGAAAUGGUUUGUCAUAGACUGAGGUUUGGGGGGCUCGGCUUGUACUUUGCACUUUAUCUUUCCCAGUGCUCCUUGUCCAAUUCGGAUUGGCUCACAAUGCCACAUUUAGUAGAUCCUCUGCUAAAUGGCGACUCAUAGGACAUGAUCAGGGUCCAAACGUUUACUUCUACUGAGGAAGCUUUCCUUGUAGUGCCUCUGAGCCAUCACUUCUUCCCACUGCCAAGCCUGUUAGGGGCCUAAUGCUGCACCAAUGCUCACUUUUUGCAUUCCGGCCUCAAGUCAGGCUAAGGACACAAAACCUUUGGCGCAGCGCAGCAGCUGGACCAAGGUGAUGCUCGCGUAACAGCACCGACUCUUGCUUGAUUGCUUUCAGAGCUUAUUAGUUUCUUUGGGAGAUGUUAAAAUACACCCGAAAAAUAUCACGACAUGUCACCAAGAAAAAAAAUCAACCAAAAGUAGAUACCGUGACCCCGGCGUAUUUGCGGUUCGGCAAUCACAAAUUCACCUAUGAGGGGAUUUUUGGGGAGAAAACUAUCCUGGUAUGUGCUGGAAAGUGAAAGCCAUGUCUUGUGUGGAAAGAAAGAAAGAAAAACAGAAAGAAUGAAAGAAAUACAUUGUUUUGGCGCCAUCUUGUGGUAUUUUGGAGCCAAGCAAGUACACUGAAGUGAGGAGAGCCGCUUCAUUUUCAGGUUCGCCUUUUCUAAUAGAAAUUAAGUUGUCUCUUGCGGAAAAUUAAGUCAAUGACAAAUAUUUUGGGGUGGCCAUCAAUGACUUCACAGAUAUCCGCAUCAGACGUGGGGGUUCACUGUACAGGUACAAUGUAAUGAUGAUGUCCUCAUCUCGGUUUACUUGCUCAGUGUGAAAUCGGGCCUGCAUAAUUGGACACAAAACCAUCCUGCUACUGUAUGAAUGCCAACAGGUGGACACACAGUUGAAGUCAGGAAUGGGCAACUUAAAUGAUGGAGGAGCGUGGGGGGCGGGGGGCACAAUUGUUCAUCAUGCUACUGAGGAACCACAUAGGAAGGACAACGCAAAAAUGCCAUUUAGAAUCAGAACAAAAUGUUUGCAAAUGUCUGUGUUUUAGUGAUAUUUGAAAGCUCAAAUGCAUUUAAACGAACCCCUUCUCAACUACAAAGGCUUAAAACACAAACAACAUUUUUUCCCCCUUCUUGCAACAAAAUGUCCACUCAUAGAUGGCACAAAAGUGCUGACCGGCAUUUUGUGGAUGUGUUUGAAGAAAAACAAACUCAGUCAGAGAUGUUCAUUGUAUUACAAGGUGCAUGUCUCUCUCUCCAAAUUAACAGGCAAGCUCAAUCAAAGCCACCAUAUGCGUUUGUAACGCCAUUAUGCGUUGGAUGGCUAUAUCCAUAAAUUUAAAGUACACACAUUUAGUAACUCCUCAUGCACCUCCAACGGACUGUCAGCCGUUCUUGCGGGGUAACAAAAUUGCUGUGUGUGUACUUUUUAGCAGUGGCAACUUGAGUCGCAAUCGUUCAUGGCUGAUAAUGUCUCUAAGUAAACUCGUUGGACAGGUUUGCGUUUAAAUUUGUUGAAACAUAUAAAUCUGAUUCCUAUUUCACCCAAAAGACAUAAUUGCCUUGAGCUAAUUUGGUCCUGGUUGCUCUUCUUCUCUGACGAAGAAGCACGGUCUUGGUGUUGAAGGCACUUCUGAGUGACAUCUGCCAUCCAGUGGUCCAUCCAUCCAUCCAUCCAUUUUCCGAACUGCUUGAUCCUCACUAGGGUCGCGGGGGGUGCUGGAGCCUAUCCCAGAUGUCUUCGGGCAGUAGGCGGGGGACACCCUGAAUCGUUUGCCAGCCAAUCGCAGGGCACACAGAGACGAACAUCCAUCCACGCUCACACUCACACCUAGGGUAGCCUGCCACGCAUGUCUUUGGAAUGUGGGAGGAAACCGGUGCACCCAGAGAAAACCCACGCAGGCACGGGGAGAACAUGCAAACUCCACACAGGGAGGCCGGAGUGUGAAUUGAACCCGGUACCUCUGCACUGUGAAGUCGACGUGCUAACCGCCAUCCAGUGGUGAAUAUUCUUAUUCCGACUUAAAACUGCUCAGCUCCACUUUCAUUUUCAAAAAAAAAAAAUCGAGGGCCACGCCAGGCAGGUGUUGGCGUGGACCGACAGUUGCCCAUCCCUGGUUUACAUGUACUUUCAGCCAUGCGGUGGCAGAGAAAAAAAUUCUCUGCCUAUCACUAUACAUCACUGGCAUCAGUGAAGAUAAAGAACAGCUAUUUCUAAUGAUCACUUUUGUGAAAAUGAAAUUUGGUAAUUUCCCGCGGCAGCUCCACAAAUGAUUUUUCUCAUUGGCAUUCUUGCACGUUGUCAUUUUCUGUUUUCGCUUAAGCGAAUGUGCUCACAAAAGAAAUUCACACUGACAAAAGUCCAGUGAAGACUUGAAUGCUCAAGAUUUGUGUCAAAACAAGCACGCUGAAGCUAGAACAGCGUUUCCCUGGCGGAGGUAGUCAUUGCCAGAGCUGGAAGGCAAGCCUUCAUGUUGACCUCCGACAUUUGAAUGAACCUGCGAGUUUCACAUCCCUGAUGCAUGCAUCAUUUACGUGUCGAUGAGAAAGACACGCUACUCAAAUUUUAAUUUUUUUUCUAGGUAACCAAAUUCUUCCAAUGUUUACGUGAGCGUGAGAAGGAAGAAGGACAAAAAAAAUGUUGCAUCUCAUCUCAUGAGAUGAUGCGCCGACUUGAAAAAGAUGCUUGGUAGACACUACUAUUUUUUUAGGGGGGACGGGGCAAAGUCUACCUCCAUCCUCUCAGCUUCAAUACUUCAUGAGCACUUUGAGUUCUGACUAAGCUGUCGGGCUUCCGUUGAGGUGACGCGUGGCGAUGUGGAUGAGUGUGCGCCACCGUGAUGGCUCUUCUUUUUCCGUAAGUGUGUGCAGAUGUACGUGUGAGCGUGUUUAGCUUAUGCAGCUUGUGCAAAACCUAUGCAGAGAUGUCAUCUCAGCCGGUUGUUUGAAAGGAGAAACCCAAAGACGGAUUUAUAUACACAUAUAAACACAUGAUAAAAACAAGGCUGAUUAGGCCUGGAUGAAGUGAAUAUUUAUAAUGAAAAAAAUCCAUAUCUUUUCAAUUUAAAAAAAAAUUGGCACAGCUGUAAACCAGUUUUUUUUAAAAAUGGGUUUUCUUAGUGUUGUGUAUAUUUUAGGGAUUGCUUGAGGUGUGUCAAGAAAAACUGUAGUCCACCUACAUUGUAUGUUUAUCCUCACUAGGGGUUGGUGGUAGGGGGGUGCUGGAGCCUAUCCCAGGUGUCUUCGGGCAGUGGGCUGGGGACACCCUGAACUGGUUGCCAGCCAAUCGCAGGGCACACAGAGACGAACAACUACACUCCCAUCCACACCUAGGGACAAUUUUGAGUGUUCACUCAGCCUGCCAUGCAUGUUUUUGGAAUGUGGGAGGAAACCGGAGCACCCGGAGAAAACCCACGCAGGCCGGGGAGAACAUGCAAACUCCACACAGGGAGACAGCAAAUUUCAAAUGGUCCCAAAAUGUAUUUUUGACACUGAUUUAAAACAAAAAAUCAUAAUAAUAACUUUUUUUCAGCACAUCAUGUUUUUGAGAUAUUUUCAUUUUUGUGUUUUGAAGUUUGGCCUAUAAAAGCUUGCACCAUACACAUUUUACCAUGCAUUGUAAUUUGUAGAUAUGAUAUUUCAUAAAGAAAUUAAACCUGUUGCUGAAUCUGACCUUUCAUUCAUAAUAUUACUUAAUCAAUUACUAUAUUACAUUAUUAUUAUUAUUAAAAACAGGAAGUGCUAGAGAAAAAAUGAGGGAAGAUUCUGAAUCGGAGCAAAAAAAAAUAUUUUUUUAAAUCACUUGGACAAGUACACCUCUAGAUCGGAUUUUCUUUUUUAAAUUGCUGACCAGUGUUCUUGCAUUUGUUGAAGCCAGUUGUAUUUGAAGAAGCUGACUGCUUUAGCUAGGCCAUGACUUCUUCCUCUGCUUAGAAAAGCUGCUUGUUGACUUUCUUGAGUCAUCUUGGGCACUGACGUCAAAGUGUUCCGGGGCCACAAGUGUGCGCGCAUGUGUGCUGGGGAAUAAGAGAGAUCAUCAGUGUGGAAGUGAAUGAUGAAACCACAAAGCACACAGGCUCAAAAUUGAAUGUCUAUAAUUUGCGAUACAAUCAUCUUGCAUGUUUUUUUUCCAUUUUCUAUUUUUAUUUUUUUUUUUGCGUCUUCUUUCUUUAAAUAGUAGUUUAGGUAUGCUAUGUUAACGGUGUGAUGUCAUGUUAGUGGUCGAGAAUGACAAUGGUAGCACCCUCCUGGUGGAAUUCUGGUUUCUGUCUGCUCUCUUUACAUUGAUAAAGCCAUUCAUGAUGACUCUUUGAGAGUGCCUUAUUUAAAAAAAAAAUCAAAAAUACACUGUUGUUGAUGGGCAUGUAUGUUACAACACAAUGAACAUGUGAAACGUUCAAAAAAUAAAUGCCAGUCACUCUUG